AUGAUUUCCAUUAGGAGGAUGCUGUUCGGGGUCGUCGCAGCCCUGCCUGCGCUUGCGACAGCCUUGCAAAAUGCUUCGUAUCCAAAUGUCGACAUGCUGAGGGCUCAGUUGGCUCUCAUGGGCGACAACGAUCGUCCCGACGGCUGCCCGCCAUGCUUCAACUGUCUUCUUCCCGUCCACGCAUGUACCCAGUACGCUGGUUGCAACGAAUUCAACGGCAUCUGCGAUUGCCCCGCUGGAUUUGGUGGUGACGACUGCCUCAAGCCUCUUUGUGGCUCUCUUGCCCGCGGCCGCGACCGACCCAUGCGAUCUGGCGACAAUUGUGAAUGCGACGAAGGCUGGGGCGGUGUCAACUGCAAUGUUUGCCUUCAAGAUUCUGCCUGCAAUGCCUUGAUGCCCGAUGAGACUGGCGGUGUCUGUUAUCGCAGCGGCGAGCUGGUCCGUAGCAACCACCAGAUGUGCAAUGUUGUCAACAAGAUGAUUAUCCAACUGCUCGGCGACCAAACCCCAGAGGUCACCUUUACCUGCGACAGGGAAACCGAAGAAUGCGCUUUUCAAUUCUGGGUUGACCAAGUCGAGUCUUUCUACUGCCACCUGUCCGAGUGCGAGUCGAGCGCAUCCUUUGGCGACACCACAAACGGCACCUCGUACAAAUGCGACAAGAUCGAAUGCGAAUGUAUCCCCGACCGCAUGAUGUGUGGCAAAGACGGCUCAAUGGAUUUGACCGACUUUUUGGCUGAAGCCAUCAAGGGCCCUGCGUCGUAUGAAUGCACCAACACAAACGACACGUUCCACAACUGCGCGUUUAAAGAGCCCCAGAUGGACCAGCUCAUGACCGAUCUGCUGGGCGACUCCAGCAUUCUACUUACCUGCGGAUCGGGCGAGUGCAUGCACGAGACUGAAGUGCCCGGCUACCGACGACCUGUGAAACAAAUCAACACCCCUCUUAUCGCCGGUAUAAUUGCUGCCUGCGCUCUGUUUGUAGUCGCCGUCAUUGUUGUAACAUGGUAUCUGGCUCGUCGCAGACUGCAGUAUGGUGCUAUUCAUCUCGAUGACUCCGACGACGAGAGCACCAAGCUCAUGGCCAAUCACAAACCUGCGUCUCUUCAGUUCCAGAACGUGUCUUACACUCUCAAUGGCAAGCAAAUUCUGUCGGGAAUCCAGGGUAUUUGCCACCCUGGGGAGGCUACCGCCAUCAUGGGUGCCUCUGGCGCUGGCAAGACGACGUUUCUCGACAUUCUCGCUCGCAAAAACAAGCGCGGCCAAGUCUCCGGCGAAUUCUAUGUUAACGGCGAAAAGGUCUUGGACAACGACUACAAGAAUGUCAUUGGCUUUGUCGACCAAGAAGAUACGAUGCUCCCGACCUUGACGGUUCACGAGACCAUUUUGAACAGUGCUCUACUGAGACUGCCUCGCGACAUGACCCGCGCCAGCAAAGAACAGCGAGUGUUUGAAGUUGAGAAGGAGCUUGGCAUCUACCACAUCCGGGAUUCGCUCAUUGGGUCCGAGGAAGGCAAGGGUCGUGGCAUCUCUGGUGGCGAAAAGCGACGCGUUGGAAUUGCCUGCGAACUGGUAACUAGCCCAUCCAUUCUCUUCCUUGACGAGCCCACAAGCGGCUUGGACGCAUUCAACGCCUACAACGUCAUCGAGUGCCUUGUCACAUUGGCCAAGAACUAUCAACGAACCAUCAUCUUCACGAUUCAUCAGCCACGCUCCAACAUUGUCGCCUUGUUUGACCGACUUGUGCUUCUCGCUAGGGGCAGGACGGUCUACUCUGGCAAGUUCGCGGAUUGUCAAUCGUACUUUGAUGGUAUUGGUUAUGAAUGCCCGCCUGGCUUUAACAUUGCGGAUUACCUCGUCGAUCUUACCAUGCAUGCCAGCCGCUCUGACUCGAUUGAUGAUGGAACUAUCGGCGCUGACUCUGCAAGCGUCGGACCAAGCAGCACCAGAGCCGUCAAGUCGAUUGCCAGUGUCUCCGGCGGCAGCAUUGGGGAGGAUCCUUCCGAAAGCUCGUCUUCCCGCCCGAGAGCCAAGCGUACCAACUCUAUCCGCGCUCGACAGGAACGUGAGCUCUUUACUCGUAGACGCACUGCUGACACUGCUGCAUCCUCCGAUGCUGGCGGCGAGGAAAUCGGGGCUUAUAAGCUUCAGACGAACCCUGUCACACCACUUGGACAAGUCACCGAAGAUCCUCACAACUUGCCACCCGAUGCGCUCUCUGGAACCGAUCUUGAUCUCUUGUCUAAGGCGUUUGCCGAGUCCCAUAUUGCCGCCAGUACACAUGAUGAGAUUCAAGAGUCUGUUGCAGCCGCCCAAGAUGCCAACGGCUCAAACGCAAACGGCUACUCUGUCAACGGUCCGAACAUCCACAUCAGCGCCGUCGGCAAAGGCUACCACCGCAUCAGCUACCCUCGCCAGUUCAUUAUCUUGUCGCAGCGCACUUUCAAAAAUUUGUACAGGAACCCGAUGCUGAUGCUGACUCACUACGCCAUUGCUAUUGUCCUCGCAGUCUUUGCCGGCUUCCUCUUCUACGGCCUCACCGAUGAUAUCCCCGGCUUCCAAAAUAGACUCGGUCUCUUCUUCUUCCUCCUGGCAUUGUACGGAUUCAGCACGCUCACGAGUCUGACUGUGUUUGCGAAUGAACGCAUGCUUUUCCUGCGCGAGCGAGCCAAUGGAUACUAUUCACCGGCCACCUACUUUACAGCCAAGGUGCUUUUCGACAUUGUACCGCUGCGAAUCAUCCCUCCUAUUCUCAUGGGCUCCAUUCUGUAUCCCAUGACUGGACUCGUUCCCGACUUUCCCCAUUUCAUCAAGUUCAUUAUCGUACUGGUCCUCUUCAACCUCGCUGCGGCGGCCAUUUGCCUGUUCAUUGGCAUCAUCUUCAAGGACGGCGGCGUGGCCAACCUCAUUGGCAGCCUGGUCAUGUUGUUCAGCCUUUUGUUUGCAGGCUUCCUGCUCAAUCGUGAGAAGAUUCCCGCCAGCGCCGCCUGGCUGCAGAGCAUAUCGAUUUUCCAUUACGGAUUCGAAGCGCUCAUCGUCAAUGAAGUCGUGGGACUCACCCUCAUCGACGAAAAGGUUGGCAUCCCCAUCAAGGUGCCCGGCGCUACCAUUCUCAGCACCUUUGGCUUUCAGAACGGUGCUCUCUGGUAUGAUAUCCGCAACCUGGGCAUCUUUGCCGCCACAUUCAUCGUCUUGGCCUACGCGGCCAUGCAUAUCCUCCUCGUUGAACGCAGAUAG